GUGGGACGGGCAAGGGGGUGAUUCUCAGCAUGGCCAGUAAGGCGCUGCUGGUGGCGCUGUUGGCUGCCAGGCGGAGAGUCAGUGGCUGCUGGCUGGAUAGCGUGGUGGGGGAGGCAGUCAGUGUGGCAGCAGCAGGCAGAGUGGGCCUUGAGGAGAUGUCUGGUACACCUGAUGCCGGUGCUUCUGUUGUUGCUGCUUCUGUUGCUGCUGGCAUGGUUGCGCCGGCCGUGGGCCCCCAAGUUCCCAUGGGCCACUACGGAGAGCAUGGCAGCAUUGCGCCUGUUGGCAUAUGUGUCAGACCAGACGCACGCAUGCUCGAGGGCGACGUGUGUGUGCUGCCCACAACUGCUGCAUCGGUGUAUGCCCUCACUCCCCGCCAUGUAUUGGAAGCGGUGCAGAGGGAUGAGGCUGCUCAUUCCCUUCUUCCUCAAUCUCACCCUGCAGGAUCAGCCUCGACGGCUGCAGCAAUCGCCUGA